GAAGAGUUCUUCGUUUCAAACAUGGCGACUUUGUUGAGGUCGGUCGGCCGACAAGGUCGGGCCUUACAAACACUUGUCAAUAAUAAGUCCUUUCGUUCAUUGAUAUUUCCACUGCUGAAGCAUAAAGCUUCUAUUUCUACAUCAGAAAAGAAAAAAGAUGUUGGUGCAGUUGUGCAACCGAUGGAGAAGUCAGAGGAAUUAAAAAAGUUGACCGAAAAAUUCAAAGAUACUUCUGACACUGAAGAGAAUUAUGUAUCCUAUGGUUAUGAACCGGGUAACCGUGACAAAGAUUGGUUUCUGUACCAUAUGAUAAUGUUUGCUUGCAUUAGUCUUGGUGUAUGCUGGGGAGGAUUUAUUCUAGCAUAUAUGCCUGAUUACAAAUUGAGAGAUUGGAGUCAUCGUGAAGCAUUUUUGGAGUUGGAAAGAAGAGAAAGAGAAGGUCUCCCCCUGGUGGAUCCUGACUAUACUAAAAUUGAAUUGAGUAGUCUCCCUUCAGAUGAUGAAAUUGGAGAUACAGAAAUUGUAAUCUAAAAACAUUUGAAUGCAGUGUGGUGUUACAAUAGUGAGAUGUGAUCAUUGGACACUAUUCUUGAUGAGAAGUUCAAAAGAAUGAUAUUUAUCAAUUGUGUUAGAUUUAUGUGAAAAGAUUUUUGGGAUUAAUUAUGAUAAUUACUCCUUUUCACUGGUUCACUUCAAGUUUUGAAAGUUUUGAUAUCAUUAUCCAACUUAUUCUGUAUUGAUUGCUGCCUUGAAAUCUCAUUCAUAGUUGGCAAGUCUCAUGCUCCUGAGUAGUGAGCAUUCUGAAUAUCUGCAUUCAUUAUUUGUUAGGUGUAAAUAAAUAAAUGUAUUCAAUAAAAACAUUCUUUUUAAUGUGUUA